AUGACAAAGGGAUCCACAGCGUUCGCCGCAUCGAUGAACGCGUCAUCUCUCUCAACGCUGAGGACAUUGCGCCUUCAGCAUGACAUCGAAGAUGACAUUCAAGACCCCCUGUGCGGAAUCUGCGAGGAAUUUAGCAUUAUUUCGGGGCGCAACGUGAUUGAAGAAAUAUUCCUGGACGUCGUCCUUCAAACCGACAGUCGGUGUAAAACCGGAAGUGAAUGGGAAAGAUUGGAUGCUGUACUAUCGCGUGGGUUCCCAAAGCUUCGCACCGUUUCACUCAACAUCGAAAUCUCUGCUUCCGCACCGCUCUUUCCCGCAACCGCCUUGAAGGAACAAGUAAACAAAAUUCUGAGCAAGUACCUUCCGUGGCUGGCUAGCAACAUACAAGUAACAUUCAAAUUUUCUACCAGCCUGCAUCGGAUUCGAAUGUUCUGUUGUAAGUAUAAUCCUGUCUUUUUUUUCCCACCGCCAUUGUCCCAAAACACUCUUUGUGAUUUUCAGAAACCAAAAAUUUAUUGCCGAAACCAAAGGUGCAGUGGCAAGGAGGCCUCUCGCCGCUCGGAAUUGGCCUUGAGUGUUACGUGUUAG